AUGAAGUCUAAAUUAAAUGCCUUUCUGAAGCGACUUUUAAAUAAGCUCGAAAAUGAUUUCGGGUCAAACAAAAAAAAAUAUAUCACUUAUUUUAGGAAAAGUAUAUACAAUGACGAGAAUAUUAAAAAUACAAGAUAUAAUAAAUUGUGGAUGCGAUGUAUAUUUUCGUCAAAAUCAGCCAAUAAUUUUUCUAGUCAAGAUAUGGAUAAUAUUAUUGAAGGCAAUGGAUGGAAGAAAAACAACAAUAGAUAUAGUAAUAAACACUUAUCACUGAAUUUACAAACAUAUGAAUUGUCGAACAAAAUUUUUUUGUUAGCCAUGUUAGCUGUUUUGGGGAUGUAUGAAAUUAUGAACAGCAAGGAAGAAAAGGGUAAAAAAAAAAAAAAUUUUUUUUUUGAUUUUUUAUUUCCAAAGAAUAAAGCUAGCUGUUGUGGUAUUAUGGCAUAUUUAGGUGAUGGAGAUGCUUCAAAAAUAUUAAUAGAUGGGAUUGAAAUAUUACAAAACAGAGGAUAUGAUUCAUGUGGUAUGUCAACAAUUGAUAAAAGCAAUUCAUUAAAAACAACAAAAUAUGCAAGUAGUUCAACAGCCAAUGCUAUUGAAAAAUUACGUGGAAAUUACCUGACCAGUCAUAAAAAUGAUAAUAUUGGUAUUGCACACACAAGAUGGGCAACACAUGGAAGUAAAACCGAUGAAAAUGCACACCCUCAUGUAGAUUAUAAAGAAAGAAUAAGUCUUGUACAUAAUGGAAUGAUUGAAAAUUAUAGAGAAUUAAAAAAAUUUUUAGUACAAAAAAAUAUUCCAUUUAAAUCAAAUACUGAUACAGAAGUUGUUGCAAAUUUAAUUGGCUAUUUUUUAGAUCAAAAACAAAGUUUUCAAGAUGCUGUUGUAUCAUCUAUAAAACAAUUAGAAGGAACUUGGAGCUUUUGUAUUAUUCAUAAAGAUUUUCCUGACGAAAUGGUAUUAGCAGCAAAUGGUUCACCAUUACAUAUAGGUAUAAAAGAUAAUGAAAUGUUUGUAGCUUCAGAACAUUCUGCAUUGUUUGCAUUUACUAAUGAAUAUAUAUCACUGAAAAAUGGAGAAAUCAUGUUAAUAAAUAAAAAUAAUAUUAACAAUUUAAAAAUGAUAAAAAAAUUUGAUAAUAUACCAGAAAUAGUUAUACAAAAAACACCAGAUCCAUAUCCACAUUGGACAAUUAAAGAAAUACAUGAACAAUCUAUAAGUUUGUCAAAAUCUUUAAAUAAUGGUGGAAGAUUUAAUCUUAAAAAUAAUACUGUUAAAUUAGGUGGUUUAGAUCCAUAUGUAGAAGAGUUAAAAAAUAUAGAAAAUAUAAUAUUAAUUGGUUGUGGUACAUCAUAUUAUGCUGCAUUAUUUUGUAAAUACAUUAUGAAUUAUUUACAUUGUUUUAAUACUGUACAGGUUAUGGAUCCUAUCGAGUUUAAUAUAUCUGCUAUUCCAAAAGAAAAAGAAGGAAUUAUAUUUAUAUCACAAAGUGGUGAAACCCGAGAUAUUAUUAAAGCUUGUAAAUUAGCAGAAUAUUUUAACUUAAAAAAAUUAUCGGUAAUUAAUUCAGUGGGAUCAACUAUUGCUAAUAUGACUGGUCGAGGUGUAUAUUUAAAUGCAGGUCGAGAAGUUGGUGUUGCAUCAACAAAAUGUUUUACAUCUGAAGUUUCUGUAUUAACAUUAAUAGCUUUAUGGUUUUUUCAAAAUAAACAAAAUUUAAAUUCAAAUAAUAAAGUUAGUUCUUUAAUUAAUUCAUUAUAUAGAUUACCACUAUAUGCGGAUACAACUAUUAAAUCGUGUGAAGAUACAUGUAAAGCAUUAUCACAUAAAUUAUCAAAAGCAAAAUCAAUGUUUAUCAUAGGAAAUGGAUUAAGCUAUCCAAUAGCUUUAGAAGGUGCAUUAAAAAUUAAAGAAAUUGCAUAUAUACAUUGUGAGGGGUCGACAGGAAAUGCUCUUAAACAUGGCCCUUAUGCCUUAUUGGGAGGAGAUGACAAUAUACCUGUAAUUAUGCUUAUUUUUAAUGAUGGUACAAAAAAUUCAAUGAUAAGUAUUGGUGAGCAAAUUAAAUCAAGGGGUGCACAUAUUAUAUGCUUAACUGAUGAUGUAAAUCUUUGUAAUCAUUUUGCUGAUGAUAUUAUAUUAAUACCAAAUAACGGCUUGCUUACAUCACUACUUGCUGUUAUACCAUUGCAAAUGCUGGCUUAUUAUAUGAGUGUUAAUUUAGGCCACGAUCCGGAUAAACCUCGAUCACUAGCAAAAACGGUCACAGUAUAG